GAUCACAGACCUUUAAUAGUAGUUUUCCCCUUAUACGAUUAAUAAUUUUCCUAUUUGCAUAGUUAGGAAUCAUGCAUCUCUCCAAAUAUCAUUAUUAUGUCCGUUUCCAACUCGCCAAAUAUAACCGCUUUUCAGACAGUUCACUCCCGCCAUGAUACUUUGCCAAGUAAAAGAGGAGCUUUUUUUUAGAUUUGCACUCAUUAAAUUGCCGUCCGGAAAAUAUUUAGCCCUCAAGAUAGUAAACCUCUAAAAAAACGACGUGUGUGUUUUCCUUUUAAAAAACGCUUCAGGCUUAGGCGAGCAACGGGAGCCAUUGGAUCCUGACGUGAGCUUCGAUCUUGACCCUCCGUUUACUGAAGAGUGGAACACCGGUAACUGACCGACGAAGGAGACACCCGGAGGAACAGAGCAGCCUGGCACUUCCACCCGUCGCCGCCCGCGCGUCUCCGGUGAACUUGUUACCUUGGCCGGGGCGAGAUGGCCGGCCAAGACCACGACACGCGAACGGGCGGCGGCGAUGUCCCUGGCCGGCCUCACGCCCGCGGCGGGCGGGCGGUUCAGAGAGACCGAGCAGAAGACGUGGAUGCCUAUGCCGAUGAGGAACUGACGGCGGGGAGAAGGCGGCGUGCUUUCUCGCCAGCUCGUGCUCCGUGGCAGUGGCCCGGUAAGAUUCUUUCUGCUAGUACUAGUAUUUGAGUAUUUCCCUUCCUCCUUCCGUGUGUGUGUUCACACCUCCAAGGUGUAUGACGAAAUGCCCCUCCAUAUGGUCUUCACUCUUCGGUGAAAAGACCUAGUCUUGUAGAUGGUUCACAUUCAGCGUUUCGAAGCCUAUACUGAUCUGUUUAUGUUGUUUUCAGUGGUGUGGUCAUCUUGAGGGUGGGUGCCAUUUGUCCAAAACAACUCAACACUUGAAAUCAAAGGGAGUAGUUAUUAGUUUAUAAGGAUAAGGGCAAACUAGAAUCUGCCUAGUAUCUUUGAUGCAUCAACGACUUGAACGAGUCUGGUCUCAUGCCCCUAAUAUUAAAUUAUUAAUUGUAAUAAUCAGGCCGGCAAAAAAAAAAGAAUCUUAAUCGUUACGUGUUUGAACAGGUUUGCAUUGCUGUGAGUUGGAAUCUGUAUGUAGUCCUAAUGUGAUGUAUAGACGCUGAUGGUUGAUGUUGCCACCUGAUAUUGUAUUUGUAUAUCGGAGGAUGGUCAACCAGAAUCCUGCUAGCUUCAAUUACAACUAAAACUUGGCAUAUGUGUAUAUAAAUAGCAAAAUCAGAAGAGGUAACUGGCUGGCUAGGUAAAAUCUUAGCACCAUGGCGACACCCCCGCAACCCCGGCUGUUCCCAUCGCUAACUCUGAGGUUCCUGCUGCUCGCUGCAGCAGCAGCAACUCUGUCUCUGUGGCAGGGUGGUGCCAGCGCUGAAGAGCAGCGCCGGCCCGUCACGCUUGAGGGUUGCCAGGCCAUGUGCGGCAACAUCAGCGUCCCCUUCCCGUUCGGCAUGAAUCAGGGCUGCUUCGUCGAGGGCUUCCAGGUCGCCUGCGACGACUCGUUCGACCCCCCUCGUCUCUUCCUUUUCUACAACCGGACAGGACCACGAACCUCAUUCAGCGAGAUGGGCGAGGCGGCGUACUCAACGCCGACACCGGUCACGUCGGACCCGACGCUGGAGAAGAGGUGGGAAGUGCCCGUGGAGCUCAUGGACAUAUCGAUUGCCAAGAGCGAGGCACGGGCUUACGGACUGGUGAGAUCCGACUGCAGCACGAGUGCGCGCGACCACUUGCUCAAGCUUCAGUUUACGUGGUUAUAUCAGCCAUUCUACCUGUCAGAGAAGCGCAAUUUUCUCGUCGGUGUUGGCAGGGACGUCAGAGCUAGGAUGAGCGACUACUUGCUGGGCUCCGCAAGCCCUGAUACGACAUGCUAUUCAAGCAUUGGACCUACCUGCGAGGACGCCUUUCCAAAAGGAAGCAUCCUCAACAGAUUUGGUGUGACGUUUGAGCCAGAUAAUAACACGUCUUGGGAAAGUUCACCCUGCCUCUACGGCAUGGUGGUGGAGAGCUCAUGGUACAACUUCUCUGAUGAGGACAUGCGCGGCUACGAGGUGCUAUCCAACAAGUACUCGAGGGGCGUCCCCAUGGUGCUCGAUUUCGCCUUUAGGGACGGUUCAUGUCCGGGUGCGGACAGCUCUGUCCGUCCAGGCUACAGGUGCGUCAACGGCAACAGCUCCUGUGUCAAUUCAACCAGUGCCGAAGGCUAUUUCUGCAAGUGCUUGGAACAUUACGAUGGCAACCCUUACAUUCCUAAUGGAUGCCAAGACAUCAACGAGUGCGAGCUCCGAGAACAAAAUCCUGAUCUCCGUGAUUUGUAUCCUUGCGACGGGAUCUGUAAGAACAGGCUGGGAGGCUAUGACUGUCGAUGCAAACCCGGAAUGAAAGGGGACGCCAUAAAAGGAACCUGCACGGAGAAACUCCCCCUAGCAGCAAAAGUGACUGUGGGUAUUGCUGCCAUGAUUGUUGUCUUGGUCCUCAUGGUUAUGGUCCAUCAGCUACUAAAAUUUAGAAGGUUCUAUGAACAAAAUGGUGGUCCGGUACUAAAAGGUGUAAAGAAUAUAAGGAUCUAUACAAGGAAACAAAUUAAGCAAAUGACAAAUAACUACAGGCGUGUAAUUGGAGAGGGCCACUUUGGUAAGGUUUAUCUUGGGACUCUCAAAGACAAAAAACAAGUUGCUAUAAAGAAGUCCAUCAAGGUUGACAACCACAUGAAGAAGGAGUUCACCGAUGAGGUUAUAAUCCAAUCUGCAAUGAGGCACAAGAACAUUGUUAUGCUCAUAGGCUGCUGCUUAGAGCUGGAUGUUCCCACGUUGGUGUACGAGUUCGUAGCGAGAGGGAGUCUGUACGAUGUCCUCUUCAAGUGCAGAGAUAAGAUUCUAGUGGGUACACGGUUGUGGAUUGCCGCUGGGUCAGCCGAAGGCUUAACAUACAUGCAUUCAGCAGGGGAGAGUACAAUCCGUCAUGGUGAUGUUAAAUCUGCCAAUAUCCUUCUCGACGAAAAGUUCACCCCAAAGGUUUCAGACUUUGGGACAUCAAAGCUACUCGCGAGAGGAAAAGACGAGAUGACAGAACUUGUCAUUGGGGACAUGAGCUACAUAGAUCCGGUAUAUAUGGAACAAGGGAUCGUCACACAGAAGAGCGAUGUCUACGGCUUCGGAGUUGUCCUCAUAGAACUUAUCACAAGGAGGCCUGCAACAUAUGAUGCUGAGCGGAGCUAUGUUGCAAACUUUGUUGAAGCUUUUGUAGAAAAAAGAGGAAGAAGCUUUAUUGACAAUGAUAUUACAAGCGAGGCGGAUAUCAAUCUAUUGGAAAUGGUUGGCGGAGUCGCGGUAGAUUGUCUAAAGCCCAAUCCAGAAGAACGACAAGACAUGAAACAAGUAGAGCACCGCCUCCUCGAGAUUGUUGCACAAUCUGAAGAUUAUAGUCAAAAGAGGAACUUCCAGGGAGAUCUUAGUCCGGCACCAGAUGAUGUUGCUUUUCUUAAAGCCUUGGGAGAAUGAAGUAUCUAUCCUCUACCAAUAUUUUUACAUUUUCCAUUCAAUUAUCUAAUGGUUUGAUUGCAUUGAGACGUCAAGACAUUAGAGUAUGUGCCAAUUUUAUUCAUGUGACAUUUUCCUUUGUGACAGGAAAUGUAGGAUCUAAUUGCCGUGGAUUUAUAAUUAUGAUGUAUAAACAGACACGGCGUCAUGGUUGUGUGCAUCACAAUACUCCUAUAUGCCUACAUUUGAUAUCACUUAGUGUUAUCACCUCAGUAACUUCAUCCCACUGUUAACUGUUUGCCAGAUGUACGAUUUGGCAAUCGAUGUACUAGGGUUCCUGCAUGUGAAGUUCAUACAUAGGCUUUGUGUGUAUAUAUACUCUCUUUGAUUUUUGAUAAUAUGUAUGGAAGCAUGAUUGUACUAUUAUGUGUAA